AUGCAAUGCGGACUUUUUGGUUGUGACUUCAGGAGGAGGAGGGGAUGCCUCGUACCUCUCUGUCACACAGACGAGUCACCGCUCUCCGGCUGUUUCUCCCUCCACUGGCCGGCAGGAUUAAGGAAGAAGCAGAGGUGUAUUAGGCACUUAGCCGUCAUGGGCUCGGCUGUGUUGCUGCUGCUCGGCGCUUUGCUGCUGUCUUCUAGGUCCCGGGCAUCAUUUCUAUAUGGCAGCGUCCACACUGCAAACCCCAGACCCAUCAUCGGGAUAUUAGCACAAGAGACCCACUUUGAAGAGUUACAAUCCUAUGGAAAAUCAUACAUUGCUGCUUCUUAUGUGAAGACACUAGAAUCUGCAGGAGCAAGAGUAAUUCCCAUAAAGCUUAAUCUUCCUGAGGAAGAGUAUGUGGAGAUAUUCAAUUCCAUUAAUGGAAUUCUUCUCCCAGGUGGUGGCGUUGACCUUAUACACUCCGAAUAUGCUAAAGUGGCCAAAAUAUUUUAUGACUUGGCGCUAAAGGCCAAUGACAAUGGUGACUAUUUUCCUAUCUGGGGCACGUGUCUAGGAUUUGAAGAGCUAACAUACCUUACAAGCGGAGAACUAUUGCUGACUCUGACUAACACCGAAGAUAUCUCCUUGCCACUGAACUUUAGUCCAGAUGCAUUAAAAAGCAAAUUAUUCAGCAAUAUUCCAACAGAAUUAUAUAAUGUUCUUUCCAAGAAACCUGUAACUGCCAACUUUCACCACUGGAGCCUUUCCAUGAAGAACUUUACAGCCAAUGAGAGACUGAAGAAGUUCUAUAAUGUUUUGACAACAAACACAGAUGGCGUUGUGGAAUUUAUUUCUACAUUUGAAGCGUACCAUUAUCCAAUCUAUGGAGUCCAGUGGCAUCCAGAAAAAAAUCCAUUUGAAUGGAGGAAAACAUCUGACAUCUCGCACACAGCUGAGGCUGUGCAUGUAGCGUUUUACAUGGCUGACUUCUUUGUCAAUGAAGCGAGGAAAAGUUUACAUACGUUUUCAAAAGAAGAACAGGAAAAUGAAGCUUUAAUCUACAAUUAUUUCCCAAAGUACACUGGAAAUAUAUCUGUCUUUGAGCAAAUGUAUUUUUUCUGAUGUUUUAAAUGUGCUUUUAAUAUAGUAGUGCAAACAAUGCUACGCCUUUGUUUUACAUUUUUUAUUAUUGCUAAGUGUGAAAAUAAUUAAGAUACUUUUUUGCUUUUCUGUGAAAGACCAUUUAUUCCAGUUAAUAGCCAGGCUAAAUUAAAAGCAGCAUACAAUUUAAUGGCAUGUAUAAUGACACCGAAUGUAAACAAGUCAAAAGUUUAUAGGGUACACCAUGUUGAAUGCUGUAUAUUUCCUGUGGAUAUUAUUUAUUCUCUAUCUUCUAGUCACGCUUGCAAAACAAUGCCAAUAAAUAUUACUGUUUACUUCCUC